CGAUUUGAUUGACGUUGUUAAUGUUUGAUUCUUCUCAAUUUUGAGUGCUUUUCUAUUUUAUUAUUAGAAUAUGAUGGUUACUUUACUAUUUUAUACUGGAAGAUUUUGAGAUUUUCCUGUGAAUAAAAAAAUCUACAAUGGAGGCUCCAUCAAUGGACACUAUUUACCAGGCCAUUAAUGCCUUGUAUGAUAACCCCAACCCAAAUGAAAAGGAAAAGGCCUCACGAUGGUUAGGAGAAGUACAAAAGUCUAUUCAUUCAUGGAAAGUAGCCGAUCAGCUUUUACAACAAAAGAAAGAUGUUCAUUCGUGUUAUUUCGCAGCCCAAACAAUGAGAUCUAAAGUGCAGCAUAACCUUUCGGAAUUGCCUCAGGAAGCCGUGGUUUCGCUCAGAGAUUCUCUCGUUGCUCACUUAGAAGGAAUCUCUCCCGACACAAGUUCAGCAAUAGUCACUCAGCUUUCGUUGGCCUUAGCCGAUUUAGCAUUGCAGAUGACAUCGUGGUCCAACUGUGUUGGUGAUUUGAUCAAAUUAUUUUCUAAUAAAAAUGACUUUGUUCUCUUAGAAGUAUUAACGGUGUUACCUCAAGAAAUUGAUUCAUCAAGUUUAAAACUCGGGGAGAACCGCCGGGAAGAAAUCAAAUCAGAACUAAGAGCAAAUUCUCAAUUAGUGACAUUUUUCCUUAAAGAGUGUUUAAAUAGUUCCCAAAGUACUAAUAUAGCAUUGAAAAUCGUUAAAUGUAUGACUUCGUGGAUCCAGGUUAGGGCAAUGAGUAUACAGGAAGUGCCUCAGAAUGCUGUUAUUGGAUUCAGUUUACAGGUUCUAAGAGAUCACAAUUCUAUUAAUCUGCUGCACUCUGCUGCUUCUGAUUGUAUUUGUGCAAUACUUCACUGUUUAGAGGACAAUAACAAUAAUACUGAUGUAGAAAAGUUAUUGUUUGAUAGUGUUUCCGCACUGGAGGAGAGUUAUCACAUGGCAGUUGCUCAUGAGGAAGAAGAGAAAGCUGCAAAUUAUGCAGGGGUGUUUACAGAAUUAGCGGAAACAUUCUUAGAGAAAAUAAUCUUGUGCGCUGCAAAUGGCAAUGCACAUUUUGCAAUGAGAUCAUUGGAGCUCUCACUUGUGUGUGUUGGACAUCAUGAUUAUGAUGUAGCAGAAAUCACAUUUAAUUUAUGGUAUCGUCUAUCAGAAGAAGUUUAUGAAAGAGACUAUCAACCGCUAACAGACGUGUUUAAACCGCACAUAGAGAGGUUAAUCGAAGCAUUGGCCAGACAUUGUCAGUGUGAACCGGACCACACUCAGUUACCUGACGAAGGAGAUGAAUUCUAUGAAUUCCGCAUGAAAGUAAUGGAAUUGAUAAAGGAUGUUGUGUUCAUUGUUGGGUCAAGUUCGGUGUUCCGACAGAUGUUUGCAGUUCUUCAGGCUGACUUGCCUUGGGAGCAAACUGAAGCAGCUCUUUUUAUCAUGCAAUCUGUAGCUAAAAAUAUAUUGCCUGAAGAAUACGAAUAUGUGCCAAAAGUAGUGGAAGCCAUCCUGUCGAUGCCCGAGGGUACGCACCCGGCGGUGAGGAAGACCUGCAUCCUCCUGCUGGGCGAGCUCUGCGAGUGGAUAGAGAGGCACCCCGAGUGCCUAGAGCCGUGCCUGCAGAGUCUCAUCGGGGCGCUGCAGGACCAGAGCCUGGCGGGCGCGGCGGCCACGGCGCUGCAGAACAUCUGCGCCGCGUGCCGCAGCCACGCCGCGCCGCACGCCGCCACGCUGCUGCGCGCCGCGCGCCGCGCCGACGACCUCAGCCUGGCGCCGCGCGCCGCCGCCGCGCUGCUGCGCGCGCUGGCCGCCGCCGUGGGCCGCCUGCCGCCCGAGCAGCUGGCGCUGGCCAUGCGCGAGGCGGCCGCCGUGCAGCUGGAGGGGCUGCGCGAGCUGCUGGCGCGCGAGGCCGAGCCGCGCCGCGGCACGCGCAGCGACCCCGUGCUGUGGCUCGACCGCCUGGCGGCGCUGUUCCGCGACGUGGACGCGCCGGCCGGGCCCGCCUCGCACCCGUGCCUGCCCGCCUUCCGCGACGCCUGGCCCGUCGUGCACGAGGUCAUGAACAAGUUCUCACGCGAGGGCCGCAUCAUGGAGCGCGCGUGCCGCAGCGUGCGCUUCAUGGUGCGCUGCACGGGCCGCCACGCCGCGCCGCUGCUGCCCGCGCUGGCGCAGGCGCUGCCCGCGCUGUACGCCGCGCGCGCGCACUCGUGCCUGCUGUACCUGGCCGCCGUGCUGGCCGACGCGCUGGCCGACCCCACCGACGCCGCCGCCCAGCGCGCUCUGUCCCGCCUGCUGCACGCGCUGCUGCCGCCCGCGCUGUCGCUGCUGGCCGCGCCCGACGCGCUGCGCGACAACCCCGACACGGUGGACGACCUCUACCGCCUCUGCGUGCGGUACCUGCAGCGGAGCCCGGGGGCGUUGCUGGCGGCGGAGGGCGCGCUGCCGCAGCUGCUGUCGCUAGGUGCGCGCGCGUGUGCGCUGGACCAUCGCGACGCCAACUGCUCGCUCAUGAAGUUCCUGCACGACCUCGCCAGGAUCGCUAACUCCACGCGCGAUGACGACCGCCAGGUCAAGGAGGCCAUCAGCGCGACUCUGACGCAGUACGGCGAGACUCUCACGUUCGCGCUCCUCGAAGCCUCCGUUCUCCAUCUGCACUCCUACAUGCUCUCCGAGGUCGCGGAGGUGAUGCUGGAGCUGGUGUGGUGGCAGAAGCGCGCGGGCGCGGACUGGCUGGCGAGUGCGCUGCGCCGGCUGUCCCGCGCGCCGCCCGCCGCCACCGACCACCAGUGCUGGCAGUUUCACCAGUACGCCAUAAGGGCCGAGAAAUGCAAGGAAAUGACACGAUUACUUCGAGACUUCGCCCGUCUCUACCGGUAGACACAGACAUUAUAAACUUGUUAAUUGAGAGACGCACCACGCAAAGACUGAAACUUCCAGACGAAGCUUUUAAGUGUCCUGUUUCUUAAGUGAUGAAUUUAUCAUUCGUGGCACCGUUAACCCGAUUGUCACCUGCAUUGGAAAAUGACACACAUUGUCAUCCGUUAUAUAAUAUAGUUAUCCAUGAUUGAACUCAAACCGGGUUUUGGCUAAGUUUCAAGUGUUCUAUACUUUGAGCCUUCAAGCCAUCUUUAGCCAAUUAAUUAUAUCAAUUAUAAUUAUAUUUUUCUUGUUACCUUAUUUGGUAGAUAGUGUUACUAUUGGUUCGACGUUAGUUAAAUGUAACUUUAUAUUCAUUAAAAUAUAUCAGAAAUGUGGUUACAAUCUAAAUAUUUGUUGGUGCCAGUUUAAUAAAUACAUAUAGUAUGUGAACAAAUUAUGUGAUGCUUAUUAAAUAAUAUACUAAUAUACAAGUCGCUCGUGAGAAACAGGAUUCAAGUGUAAAAAUUGUUAACGAUUACAACAUUUAUAGCAAAAUACAGAUGUAGAUAAGAAAAAAAUUAUGAAUAUCGAAUAUAUUGUGGUAUGUUACUAAAAAUAAUAAAAUAUAUUGAAUUGAAUAAAAAAUCUUCGUAAUUUCGUUAACAAGGUGCCUCUCGACCAGAUUAUAUAAAUCUCAUAUCAAAGCAAUAAUUACUAAUAUAGUAUUAUAUAUUUGUUUCAACAUGAUUGAUUUGGACGAUUUUGAUGUGACUUAAUACGGUACCUUCGCUUCAGUCUCGCUAUAGGUUUAAUGAAUCACCUUGCGUUAGGUAAGUACAGACACUAGAAUAUAUUUUGUUAUAUUCUCUUUAUUUGAAUGUGAUAAAACAUGCAGUGAAUUGUAAAUAUUUAUUAAAAUGUUUACCUUUUA